AUGACUAACAAACCAAUUGCUCCUCAAAAUUCUCAGACACCAGAAGAUUCAACAGAACGGUUCGAUCCACAGUCGAUCAGUUUACGAGCUCAAAAAAAGUUGGUUGGAAGUUUACCAAAAGGGAUUAUUAAAUUAUUUCUUGAUGAUUCAUCGGCUCGUUUAUUUGAAAAUAUAUUUAUUUUGAUCAAACAAUAUACAGGUAAUAAUAAACUAGCUGCUUAUCUAACAAAGCAGGCAAUUAAAUUAAAUGUCAAAGCCUUAAUUUUAAUAUCAAAUGACAUACUAUCAGACGAACAGUUGAACCAUGCUUAUGAAUUUCAUGAGAAAUGUCAUCAAAUAGCUGAGAUCGCAUUGCGCUUAGGUCGACCCAAGCGUCGUCUAAUGCCGGGUGUUGAACCGUCAAUUGAUAAAUUGAUACAAACAAUGAAAGAGGCUAACCAAACGUUAAUAGAAGCCGUUAAGCACCAUAUUAGUCAACAAUCACAAGACAAGUUUAAAGAAUUUUCGGACUUUUUCUGUCAUCGUGAAUUUGUUGUUGAAGUGUUUACUAAUAAAGUGAAAUAUUCAACGCAUAUGGAAAAAAUCUAUGAUGACCUCGAAGAUAUGAUGGACCGUGGCUUAUUUUGA